AUGGCGCAGAGCAUUAUCACUGUGCAGGACUACAUUGCCGCCUCCUCGUGGCGGAAACGAGAGCAGCUGCGGGGCUUGCUGAGCAACCACGCAGACCUGGCAACGAGCAGCACUCCACUCGCCGCGCCAGGAGUGCUCUUCACCUCAGCGCAGAUGGCGCUGCACAACACGGAGAACGCCUUGGCGGUCUCGCUUAGCCCCCUGAUGGGCACCAGUGCGGUUGGGUUAAUGCCCUUCGACGAGCCCGUGCCGUCUCUGAACGGAGCGGCGCGCAUGCGGUGGCUGGACAUGGCAGAGGGCACAAAGAUGUCUUGUGUGGAGUGGUGCGAAGGUCUGCUUUUCCUUGGCUCCAGUCGUGGCCGUGUGCUGGUCUGCGAUGUGGCUGUGGAAAGUUGCAAGGAGAGUAGCGGACUGCUCUCUCCAUGUGGCGCGCUGCUGACCAGCUCUUCGGGGGCGGCGGUCUCGAACGUUACCGUGUCUCCGAGCGCACCGGCAGCCUCCACGCUGGUGCGCUCAGUCCGUGUCAACCAGCGCGUGAGCAAGAGCAGCGUGCUCGCCGCGGAGAACACGUCUGUGUACAUGUGGGACCUGACGGGAGGUCCUCUACCGGUGCAGCAGUGGGCCCCACACCGACACACCGAUGCGGCGACGCCGGUCCUGUUUGCUGAAUGGGCUCCCGGGAGCGCGAGUGUGGUGCUGAGUGGGACCUAUGACAGCAGCGUUAUGCUGGUAGACACGCGGAGUGCCGCAGAGGGCAACGGAGUGGCUUUCUUCUGUCACCGCGCGGGCGGACGUCCAGCCGUGGCGCACUGCGGUGACUUCAACCCCCUUCUUCCUUCCAUUGUGGCGGUUUCAUUUUCGGAUGGCACCGUGGCCGUCUACGACGCCCGCUACCCGCUGCAGGCGGUACAGACCGUAACGACACUGCAGGGCGACGCGGUGCGGCUGCGGUGGUGGCGGCACAACGCCGACUUGCUGACGACUGCCGGCAGUGAUGGUUCGGUGGCGCUAUGGAACCUGCGCUGCGCGCCGUCCUUUUGCGUUGGCAGGGCGCAGUACCGCAUGCCGCUCUCCGACUUGGCCAUGACCGACACUUUCUCAGAUCAACGGGCGAUAGGCAUCACCGUGGGCGGCGAGCUGACCAUGACCGGUCUGCAGCCGGAGGCCCUUAUGGGUCUAGCACCAACACUCUCCUACCGAAAAGGUGACGCCGAGCACAAGGGUAAUGGGGGCCCCAGCAGUAGCGGCGUUGCGUCGCCGCCACCGCCACCCAUCACGCCAGCUGAGGAGGAGGCCCUACGCAAGGAGGAACACGACGCGUGCGGCUUCUUGUACCUGCGCAGGUUGAGGGAAGCGUACCAGAUGCUGGCACAGUGCGCGAGUCGUCGCCUGGCGCUGCACCAAACAGACCUGGCAAUGCAGCUUGUUUCUCAUAUUGAUGUGAUGCAGGUGCCGCUCUUCGACUACGCCAGCUUUGUCAAGCAGCUGCAUGGCGCGGCGGCGGCGGAAGACGACAUGUUACUGGUGCUGGAGGGGAAUGGGUGGUCCCAUAAAACGAUUCAGCUGCAGUUUGAAGCCAGCAUGCUGCGCUGCGCCUCCCACCUCUCGACGGCGGCGCUGGAUCGAAUACGUGCUAUGUCGAAGCCCAACCCCUCUGACCUGCAGACACUGGAGGCCCUUCGGCUGAACGUGCUGCUGCACCGUGUGCUCGACUCCAAAGACGUUGAUCAGGUUGUUGUGGGCGUACGAACCGCACUCGACUUGAUCAUGGCACAACCAGGAAUCUCUGAGCUCAUCGAUGUGCAGGCCGUGGAACAGGUCGUGCGCCUGCUGCUGCGCAAGAACUACUUGGAGGGCGAGAGGUUUGUGCAGUUCCUCCUCUCGCAGCUCCGCGCUGACAAGGCGCAGAUGGGUGUGUCUUACGAGCUGCUCCGUGCGGCCAUGAGCGCCGCGCAGGACCCGUCGGUCACCAUGGGCAUGCAGACGCGCGUGACACGCCGUUUUGUUGAGCGCUUCUAUCAAGACAUGACAGCUGCGAAGGACGCCGUGCUGACGCAGCUCCACAUCCAGCGCCUCGGAGUGGAGCAUUACAAUGAGGUGAUCACCAUCGUCAACGCCUACCAGCAGCGGUGUAUUGAGAAAAAUCUGCUCGGCAUCUUUGGCUGGGUCGCGCUGAAGCCGCUGCUGCUGUUCCUCCACUGCCUCACGGCAGAUUCAAACUACGUGACGUUCUUCUGGGUGAGUGUCCAGUGCAUCGAGGCCUUCGCGCACUUCCCUGGUGUGUGCAAGGUGGAGGCGUUGCUGUGCGCCGUCGUCGACCGCAUCCACAGAGCUGCGGGGAAGAUUACGAACGACCUCGACAAACUCGCCAACACGACGCGCUUUUCCAUCCCCAUGCUGAGACAGACAGACAAUACACUCCGUACAACGCAUGACUUUCUGACGGUGCUGAUUCGGGUGCAGCUCGAGUGCGAGAAUGUGGCCGUGGCGCGCAACAUGCAUGCGAUGCCGCCUGUCAUGGAGCAGGUGCAGGAGGUGCUGAACUCCACCUCCGAGAACGUCCUCGAUGCGUGGGCGGGGGUAAUGGAUGCACUACUGGGGUGCGACCAGCCUGCAUUGAUCCGAAAGUACUGCCUCGCGACGGUGCGAACAUUUUCGGAGCAGAUGGAGGACUUGAUAGAGGUCUCGGCGAAGGGCGAAGCAGACGAGCGGCUCAACGAGAUUCUCGACGUGUGCGACGACUUCUUUGCCGCGGUGGCCCGCCGCAAGGCGGUGGGCAGCGGCGACGACGACGCCUGA